AUGUCUACAUGCAUCGAGCUGGGGCCUGACAAUGGCUACUUCGUCAAUGCGCCCAAUCGCUGGGCAUUCGGUAACCUUCCCGAGGGCGUGAUGGAGCUGAUCAGGCAGCGGCCACAAAUAAGAGAUGUUCGAACGAUGGCCCUCGGCCCAAACGGGUCUUACCUAGUGGUUUACAUCGACCACGAUGGCUCCGACAAACUCCGUCACAAUAAUCUACCAGCUGGCCUCAAGGGAUGGCUGAUCAAGGACGACAUCAGCGUGCGCGACCACGCUUCUCUCCAGUGCGCUCUUGGACCGAACGGUGCGUAUUUUGCCUUCGACGCCCAAAAUUCAACUCGAGGAAAUCUGCCGGUCGGAAUGGAGAAAUGUUGCAAAGACCGUAUUCUCCCGAACGGAAAUUGGCAGGUUGGAAAAUUCCCGGCUUCUGUUGCGUUCGGUCCUGACGGGCAAUUUGUUGUCACCACGACGGGUGGCGGCGGUUAUUGGAAUCUUUGUGGGACGAAGGCGAAGCUUAAUACCAUCUUGAAAGAGCUGAAAGGCUUCAAAGGAGUUGGCGUGGUUUUAUCCCAGUUUGACAGCGACCUCUGGGUCCUAGUCAAUGUCAACGGCGCGGGCCCUGUGGAUGGUCUAGUUGCAGAAGCGGCGCUCGCCGACAUCAAUAACUGGGAAGCUGAUCUUAAAGAGAUGUUGCGAAACAAACAAGUCCAACCUCGGCAGCCCCAACCUCAGCAGCCACGCGGUUCUCGGCAAAGCAAGACUCGCUCUAUCGUCAGCGGCAUAAACGUAGGUUUCAAGGUGCUGAAUGCUGUAUUGCAGGUUGCGAAUGCUGCCAACGGAGGUGGCGGUGGGGGUGACGGUGGAAACUAUGUGCAAACAUCAUCUGGAAAUGACUCCAACUCGGGCGGCUCAAGUUUCUGGACGCCCCUACAAGAUGCAGCUAGUAACCCUAUUCAGUGA